AUGGCUGCCCCUAUCUGUAGCACACAAGUGCCACAUGAAGACAUUGAAGUCUCAGUCACGGGUGACUUCACCAUCCACAUUAACGAGUUCGACCCAGCGAUCAGGCGAGACGAACGCUCCGGUGACGAUGCUGACGAGGCGGGGACCAAUGGCCUUGUGCGAACGGGGUCCCUCAAGGUUCAAAAGGGCAUUCUCCUGGGACGCAGUCAGUAUUUUAGAACCAUGUUUGAUGGCCGCUGGGCACACGGCCCCAAAGAUGACAGUGUCGUUCUCAAUGAAGAUACGGUUCGAAGUAUGGAGCUCUGGCUCCGUGUGUUUCACUCCACAAUCGACACUUUGCCCAAGCAGUCCAUCUCUGUGGGAGAGGUUUGGCAUGCUAUCAUGGCUGGGGACAAGUACGGCUUCGACCUCCAAGCAUUAAAGAGUUGGUUCGUCGCUUGGUACAAGGAGAUGAGGAAUGAAAGUGGAAAGGAGUUCUUCAAGGAAUUCGCGCCGCAAUUGCUCUUUCCUUGCUAUGCCUUCGACUACGCUGUGGGCUUCCAGGAGCUAACUAAAUUCAUGACUUACAACGAGCCUCGACAUAUCAUGGAAGCUAACCCCACGCAUCAUCUGCAGAUGCACCUGCGCCCUCGAAUUAUCCAACAGUUAAAUGCCGCGAAAGGUCGCCUUCGAACGAUUCUACACCAGGCUUUGUUCAAGCGCGUCAAUGAGAUUAUCGCUCGUGCAACAUGCGCCUGCAAAGAGCAAACCAUCUUUGAUUUUCUAAAGGAACUGCGACGCAUUGACGUCUCGCCGCUGGACCUGAGCAGCACUAAAGCAAGUGUUGCUCAAAUGCUUGACCGAGUGCGACAAUACGACGAGACAAAGACUCGCUCCCAUGCCCUCUCUUCGAAUGAUACUUCGGUUAAUCAAUCGCGUCAAAGCCCGUGUUCCGUGUGCCGGCUUGACGGGAAGACCAUCGUUCGCCAGGCGAUCGCGCGGGUCUCCGGCUAUUUUGAUGGUCUAUGCCUCGACUGCAUGGAUCGUACAAAGGAUCUUCUGGUCGAGGGAAAUAAAGACCAAGACUAUUGGUUUCAUGACCAAUGGGAGCAAUCCUAUGACAGGGACUGCCGCAUACCGCACGGCGAGCCCACCUGGUAUUUCAGUUUCAUGGGACGCAAGGAGAAGCGCGGCCUUAUCGCCGAGUAG